UCAACAACAGUGAACUCUGAUCUAGACUUCCUAGCUGGCUAGUGAUUAUUAUCAGCGUUAAAUGUACAGUUCAGAAGUCGUUUUCACUGCACACGUGUUGUCUGAAGACACAAAUGAUGUUUAUUUUCUUUGAUGUUUGAACGCAUUUAUAACGGUGUAGGCGUUUACACGAAUAACUGUUUGAACGGUGGGUGUGAUCUAGAAUAAGGGCUGUGUCAUCUCGAUGACGUGGAGGACCUCAAGUCAGCCUUAACUUUAAACCUCUCCGACUCAUACACUUGAAUUAAACACAAAUUUAAACAGGAUUUUUAAAUCAACUGGCUUAAAUGGGUCUCUAAAGUGCAGGACUGACGUCUGUUUCGCUUUCCGGACAGCUGAUCGCGCGUGCAACACUGGAUCAGGAAAAAAUGCAACUUGGCUUGUCGUUUUCUGACAGUGAUGUCUCUUCGUUCACCCCUCUGGUGGUCUUGGAGCUUGCUGAUGACACUAAAGCAGAGGCCAUCACUUGGUUACUAAACAGGAUCAGAGACAAGCAGCAAAAUGGAGGAGCAGAGUUGUUGGUGAAUCAGCUCCUAUUUCCAGCUCAGGAUGAUCAGAAGCCUAAUCCAAAUGUCUUUGUGGUGGGCUCUACAUUGCAAAGGCUCUUAAAUGGAGCCGAGGAUGUAGGGUUGUUUAAGGAGUUUCAAGAUGGGACAAUGCGAGGAUUCACUUAUGCCAACAGAGAAAGCUUCAAAGAUUUUAAUGGAGAUGGUGAAGCAUUUCUCAGUGACGCAGAGUGUCAAUACAUUAUCAAACAUGAGUUGGACACACUUAGGGCUAAGAACGAAGAGCAUGUUCCUGGAUACCCUAAGCUUAAGCUCUACCCUGGAAAAUCAGUUGUGCGGAGAUUGCAGUCUAAAGGUGUCUUAAUCCAGUAUUUUCCUCUCCAUAACAAAGAAGACCUUAAAAGACUGUCGUUCUCAUGGUACAAAAAGUUCAAAUUGUCCUUCCAGCCACUGGAGGACAUCAGACAUUACUUUGGUGAGGGCCUGGCGCUCUACUUUGGAUUUCUGGAGUAUUUCACAUUUGCCUUGGUGCCCAUGGCCUUCAUCGGUAUCCCUUACUACCUCUUUGACUGGGAGGACUAUGACAAGUAUGUGCUGUUUUCUGUCUUCAACCUGGUUUGGUCUACAGUAUUCUUGGAAGUGUGGAAGAGAUGCAGCGCUAUGUUAGCGUACGGGUGGGGAACUCUGAGCCGCAAAAAAGCCUUUGAAGAACCGAGAGCUGGAUUCCACGGAGCUCUAGGAUUUAAUCCAGUCACGGGCCGAGAGGAACCGAUCUACCCUAGCUCAAAGCGGCAGCUGAGGAUAUAUUUGGUGUCGGUUCCCUUUGUUCUGCUGUGCCUGUAUCUGUCCUUUUACGUGAUGAUGGUUUACUUUGACAUGGAGUUCUGGGCCAUAAGUAUAUACCAUGAAAAUCCUAACAUUGCGACGAGCAUUCUGCUGUUUGUACCCAGUAUCAUCUACGCUGUGGUCAUCGAGAUCAUGAACUUACUGUAUCGCUAUGCUGCAGAGUUUCUCACAGCCUGGGAAAACCACAGACUGGAGUCAUCAUUUCAGAAUCACCUUGUGCUCAAAGUUUUGGUGUUUAACUUCGUAAACUGCUUUGCCUCUCUCUUCUAUAUUGCCUUUGUCAUGCAAGAUAUGAUGCUUUUGAGACAGAGUUUGGCCACUCUGCUCAUCACCUCUCAAAUCCUGAAUCAAGUGAUGGAGGCCUUCCUGCCAUACUGGCUGCAGAGGAGGAGGAACAAGAAAGUCCAUAAGAGGAUGAGGAGACUGAUGGGCGAUAAAGAGCUCCCCCUGCUGGAACAAGUUCAGCUGGAGACCGAAAUGAACACCUAUCUGGGCACAUUUGACGAUUACCUCGAGCAGUUCCUGUUGUUUGGCUAUGUGAGUCUGUUCUCCUGUGUGUAUCCUCUGGCUGCUGUGCUGGUGGUGCUGAACAACAUCACUGAGAUUUAUUCUGACGCCUUCAAGAUGUGCCAUGUUUUCAAGCGUCCCUUCUCAGAACCAGCUGCGAACAUCGGGGUGUGGCAGUUGGCAUUCGAGACGAUGAGCAUUAUUGCUGUGGUGACCAACUGUGCCUUGAUUGGUUUAUCCCCACAAGUGAAGGCAUAUUUCCCUGAAUCAGACACUCAGCUGAUCCUCAUUGUAGUGGCAAUAGAGCAUGUUCUCCUUGCCUUCAAAUUCAUCCUGGCAUUCGUCAUUCCAGAUGUUCCUAAACAUAUCCAAGUCAAACUAGCCAAGCUGGAGUUUGACUCCCUAGAAGCUCUUAAGAAAAGGAAAAUACUGGAAGCUACGGAGACCGGAAAUACGUGGAAUAAGUGACGGUUGAUGACAAUAACACAACAAAAGUACUUAAGGUGUACACAUGCUGUAAACUGUCUAGUAUUAUAUUUAACUGACUUCGACUUUAAAUAUGCACUCCUUGCCAUGUUAUCCACAAAAUGGCUUAUUGAUGCUGUACACUUAUGAGUAAGACAGGGUUUUAAGACAGAGUUUUCCUGUUAUUGCAUUUGCACGCAUUGUUUUAUUAUUUCUCUAUGUCAAUAAAACUGUUACUGGUAUAAUGAGAGACAAAUUGGUGCAUGUGAUGGGGUCAAAUAACUAGGUUGAUUUGGUUGUCAAAGUACUUUGUUAAUUUUAUUCAUGAUUGUCUGAAGCUGUAAAAAAAAAAUGUUAAGAGGGGAUUAGAAGAAAUAUGUGACCCUGGACCACAAAACCAGUCAUAAGGGUCAAUUUUUAUCUAAAUUGAGAUUUAUACAUCACCUGAAAGCGGAAUAAAUACGUUUUCCAUUGCUGUAUGGUUUGCUAUGAUAUGACACUAUUUGGCCGAGAUACAACUAUUUGAAAAUCUGGAAUCUGAGGGUGCAAAAAAUCUAAAUAUUGAGAAAAUCGCCUUUAAAGUUGUCCAAAUGAAGUUCUUAGCAAUGCAUAUUACUAAUCAAAAAUUAAGGCUUUGAUAUAUUAACAGUAGGAAAUUUACAAAAUAUCUUCAUGGAACGUGAUAUUUACUUAACGUCCUAAUGAUUUUUGGCAUAAAAGAAAAAUCAGUCAUUUUGACCCAUAGAAUGUAUUUUUGGCUAUUGCUACAAAUAUACCCCGGCGACUUGAGACUGGUUUUGUGGUCCAGGGUCACAUAUGUCAGACAUUGGGCCUAAAAAACCCCCAAAAGAUAUGUAUUUUUUUUUUUGAGGAAUUGAAAGGAGUUUUCAUUCACUCCAUGUUCUACCAAAGACAGAGCAGUGCCUUUAAACAUCACUCGUUAUACGUUUAACUGUUAUGGCUUUUGUUUACAGAUGUCAGGCCACUUCACCCUGUACUAUACUUGAAUUAAGCAUAUUCAAUAUUGUCUGCCUGAAAAUAAACAUUUUAAAUAUUCAGAUAACAUGCUUCUCAUCCUUUCCACAUCCUUCAGCGCUUGGGAUGAGAUGUUUGUUUAGGACUUUUAGAUGUUUAUUAGCCUUAAACGCUACAUUACCAAAAACACUGAAGAGACAAGUAACACUUUAUUUGGGUGUUCUCACAAUAUGUCAGACUUUAAAACAUGGUCACUGAAUCGCUGAUAUUUUGUGAUUGAGGUCCAUAUUCUGGUUAAGCAGGUCAUUCAGAAAAAAAAUAAAAAGGUUUAUACUUUAUAUAUACACACAAGUUGGUUAUUCAGAAUAAAUUAAAACAUGCUAGUUUUCACAGCAUUUUUACUUUUACAGUUUUCAUUCAUGCCCUUGAAAAUAGCACACAAAAACAUACAAAUGUAAGGCAAGAAAUCCCUUUCCUGUCUGCAUACUGAUUUAUGUUAAUUUCUGUUGUUUAAUCAAAAAGGUUUAUUCCAAAAUUUUACUUUUUACCAAAACAACUAAUUAUUUAUCUGUAUUUUUUUUUUUUUUUAUAUUGAGCAACUUUUUUUAUUUCUCACAGAGAACUUUUAUAGUAAUAGUUGUGACCAGGUAUACUUAUAAAAAAAAUAAAUAAAAAAUUCUAAAAGGCAUGCAGUUUGUUUCAUUGUCCAUGGGCUCUAUUUAAGUGAGAACCAUUUAUGAUUAAAUAGGAUUAGACACAAGUGUAUGCAUGUAAACAGUCAUUUACCAUCUUGUCUUGAUAUAGAGACUAUUUAAAGUUGUUUUUUUAAAAGACUAAGGUCUUAGGAGUAAAAAAAAAACAACUCCGUGUCUUCACACUUGAUGUUUCUGAAGCUGAGGACUGAGGGCAGUGUGACUAGCCAGCUUACAACUCAUUCUAAUUAAGGAACAGCUUGUCUCACUUUCUGACAUUGAAGCAGUCUCAGCAGUUUCCACUGACCAAGCAUGACACUGACAAUAUGCAGAGCGUGUCUGUGUGCUCGCAAGGUGCUCUACUGACAACACACAUAGUGUGUUUGACCAUUAAGCUGGUGCUGGACAUGUACUUGGAUGAGAAGUGUGCACUUGAGACACCCCUGAAAAGCUCUUGGUUAUUGGAGACACCUUGGCAGCAAAAGCGGGCAGUAAAUUAGGAGCAAAUACCUUUCAGCAGCAGGGGCUUGCGGGCAGAGGAACUGUGUCAAGUUUAACUUCUUUCCACAUUGUGUCCAGUUAAACUCUGAACCACAAUUUCUUCUACUGUACAGAAAGCGCAAAGAUGAAUUACACUGACAUGAAAUAUUACCGUUUUAUUCCCGUUAUCUACUUUGGAGUAAAACAAGCUCUUCAAUGAGAAAAAAGCAGGGCUCCCACACAAAAAAAAGGACAAAGGAAGUCCAGUUUUAAAGACAACAUAUUUCACAUUUAAUUCUGGACAUCACCAUAGAUAGCUAUAUGUAACUUUUAAAGACAAGUUUCAGCAACAGAACAUUUAUUCAUUUUGCUUUUUCAAAGUUGUUUUUUCUCUCUCUUUUUUUUUUUUUACUUUUCUUUUAACGCCAGUACAUGGUUUGGUCCUGUAACAUUUUGUGGUGGUUCUUUUCCUCUGAAUGAACGUGGAUCAAUAAUGUCAAACGCACAACACAUGCACAUGUCGUUUAGCUGUUUACAUUAGGGUAGGACAAAGUCAGAGACUGACAUUAUGCAUAUAGCACUGUUUUCUUUUCAACCUCCCUUGCUCUGUUUUUGACACUCAUAUCUAAUAAGGCUAUAUUACAGCUAUGAACAAGAAGUCCAACACUGCAUUUCUAAGUGUAGAGCACCAUAUUUACACCAAUAUUUACAGACUUUAUUUUUUAAAAACAAAAAAAGACAAAACAAACAGAAAUACUUAAGAUAAUUUGGGUCAAGUGAGCCAUUUGAAGGAUGUACAGGUUUGAAAUAUAAAAACAAAACAAAAUUAUAUUUACACAUAGCUGCAACUUAUAGCUUAGCUUAUUGCAAAUGCCCUUUAAAUCUCGCAACCGAUUCUUUCACACUCACAAGUCCUGUAGAUCUUUGACUUAUAUCUAUACCAGUCGAUGGUCACCCAAUGGCCAACUCUUGAAGCCAUAUUUCCUGAAAGAGUGGCCAUCCACUGAAUAGAAGACAUACCAUGCAUUUUUUUAUCUGUUAUCAGGUGGCCAGGUGACAAAAAAAAGCCCCAUUUUAUCCCAACUAUAAGCCAGUUCAAGGCUCACAUAUCCAAAACAGCAUUUUAAAACAGCAGUUCUUUCAAAAAAAUAAACUUUUAAAAAAAUAUAUGUACAUACUUAUAAACAUCCCCUAAGGCCAGUCGAUUCUGAGACUGGUAUAUACAGUAACUCAAAGCUGAAUGGUACAAGAACAACAGGGGUGAGAUAGAGGAUUAUGGGCUGGAACCGAAAAUUAUUUAUUAAGCCAAAGAAGAUUCCUCAAUGAUAAAAUAAUUUCUCUAUUCAAAUUUCGUUUUAAUAAAUGACGCUGAGAAAGAGGGGUACUGACUCAACGGUAUUCUGUACUACACAAACUGAAAACUGUCACUGUCUGCGGGUUUGAUUUUGCUCUGGCAGUAACAGUAUUGUAAAGGCUAAUUACCCCUGCUGUGAUUUGUAUGGUAUUCAAAGUAUCCUAAUUGUGGACUAUACUUAUUCUGUAGUGCAAUUCUAAUUUUAUAAUUUGAUAAAAACUAGGAUGAACACAUUUAUGUGUGGGUGUAUCCACAGUGCUGUCUGGGUAGCAAAUUUGGCAAAACAUUAUUACUUAGAGGGCAUGUCGCAGAUGGACUUACAAAAUUUAACAGCUUGAACAUGUAUAAAUUGCACUUAAAUCCCAAAUGUUUACUGAAAUAUACCAAAAAAAAAAAGAAAGAAAGAAGUAAUUUAAGAACAUGGUGAAUGUGUUUUAAUAAUAUUCAAAUAAAACACUUAAAAAAUCUGAGUAAUCUGUAGCCCCCUUUUGGAAAUUAUCCAUUAAAAGUAUCCCUUGUUAUUGCAACUGAUUGUCAUUAACCUCAAAAGUUUAUCUAUACUAAACAUUUAUAAAUGGUGGCAAGGAAACAGUCAAUAGCACUUAAAAAAAAAAAAAAAAGGUGAAAAAAGUGCAAAAUGGUCAUUCAGUUUAAGA